UUUUCCCAAGUUCCUUCCACCCUGUAUCCCCUUCUCUUCCCAGGUUACCUUCUCUGCAGCUGCCCUUUCUUAUUUAGUUUUAAAUUUAGUUUUAAAUAUAUUUUAUUUGAUUUUACAAAAACAAGAAAAAUCAAUAUGACAGCAUAUAUUAAGCAGACUUAGAGAAUGUCCUUUCUCAUUUAGAUUCCCCAUUGGUACAUCUACCUUGUCCAGUAGUCUCCCCAAGUGUAAUUCUCUCCUUUUAGUCUUUCCCUCCAUAUUUCACCUGUUUUGCCUAAUCUCCACCUAUGUAUUCCCUCUUUUCUGCCACUCUGUAUUUCCCCUUCUGAUCUCUAGUCUCCCUCUGUGUGUGUCUCCAUAGGUCUCCUCUGUGUAUGUCUCUUUUCUCGCUGUCUCUCCAUCUUCCUCUUUACUUCUCUUCUAAUUGCCAAGGUUUAUCAUUUCUUUUUUCCCCUGUACAAUCCAGCCCUGCUUUGCCUGACCCCUCUCUCUAAAUCCCCUCUUACCUAACUAUCCCUUUCUUCUCUUCUGUUUCUCUUGAUUUUUCCGUAGCUGUCUCUCUCUCUCUCUCUGAAGCCCUCUCCAUCUGUCUCUUUUUCUCUCUGUCCCCCUCCCUGUUGCUGUCCCUCCUCCCUCUCCUCUUCUCUGUAUCUUGUGUGUUUCACGUCCAGCUGGAUGUGUGCGCUUCCCUCUGGGUGUGUGUGUGUGUGUGAGUGUGCGAGGAGCGUGUGUAUGUGUGCUAGGUAAUGACACACUCAGUGCUACACACAGAGAUGCUCUUGUCUCCAUGGCAGCAGUAACUAGAAGGAAAGAUCCGAUCUGGGAACAGCAGGAGUGGUAAGAGCACCCUACAAUUAUCACCAGACUUUCCUUACAAUUUAAUCCACUGGGAAAUAUCUGGAGACUGUGCCCAAAGCUCGAGCGAGAAGGCAUUCCAAGUAACUGCAGGUAGCACUUCAUAGUGACGUGGGAAAGAAAGACCAGAAGAACCUAGAACAGGAAAGGUCACUCCAAAACAAAGAAGACUGAGGAAGAAAAUAGACUGUACUGGGAGACAUUGUGCACAGACUCUGGAUCUUUAGUGAGAAUCCAAUAGGCAUUGAACAAUAGUUGAGUAAAUCAUGGAGAGUGUUGGCUAGACGAAACGGAAACCCAGAAAAUUGACAAAGGGUGGCAUAUCGAGUACCGUACCAAACACUACAUCCAGUCCCUGACCAACAAUGGAUUCUAGAAGACCAGUUAGAAUCUGAGGUUUCAGGAAGAAGUGAAGAGUCUAGAGUAGAAAGGCAUAGAAAGGAAGGGAUUUCAAGGGAAAAGAAAAUUAUUGGGGACAGAAAGAAGUAAGCAAUAGGCUAAAGGGAGUUAUAAGAGUCAAACUGAUAGAAGUUUGAGCAUAAAGGCUAAAAUAGUAGAGAUAGGCCAAGGGAAGAACUUAACUGAAAGAGGUUUCAGCUAGGAAAGACAAAAGUAGGACUGUUGCCCUUUGGGCCCAGAAGAUGCCCCGGGUCUCUGAUCAGGAUGAGGCAGAUGAGCUUUAUCAGAAUAACUCCUUAUCUUGGCUGGCAUGUGGUGCUGUCGCACUCCUCGCCAAUGGAUGGAGCAUCUUAAGCUUAGCCAGUCGUGGGGGAAGCGGGCAACGUCCUCGUCCCUUGGAGCUGCUCCUUUGCCUGUUGGCUGGAACACACCUUCUCAUGGCGGCCAUACCUCUGUCCCUUUUUUCUGUUGUUCAGCUGAGACAUAAACAUUCUGGGUAUGAAUGGAAUGAGGGACUGUGCAAAGUGUUUGUUUCCACAUACUACACCCUGGAACUAUCUACUUGCCUCACGGUGGCCUGUCUUUCCUAUCACAGGAUGUGGAUGGUCCGUUGGCCUGUCAGUUACAGGCUUGGUGGUGCCAGGAGGCAGGCACUUCAGGGGGCAUUGGGAAUAUGGGCAGCUUCAUUUGUGCUUUCCACACUUCCCUCCAUUGGAUGGCAUGACAAUGCCCGCCGUUUCUACACCCGUGGUUGCCACUUCCUGGCUAGCCGCAUUGGCUUGGGCUUUGGUCUUUGUUUCCAACUUAUGCUUCUAGGAGGAGUGGGGACUGGCCUAGGAUGUUUGGGAGUGACUAUAUACCAUGCCUGCUGUUGCCCUGCGUCAGGGCAAAGAGGAGGAACAGGGGAAGGGGGGGUGGAGGGUAAGAUAGAAGUUCCGGCCAUUGUGGUGCAGGAUGCACAGGGAAAAAGACGUUCAUCAUUGGAUGGAUCCGAAUCCCCAAGGACAGCGGCGCAGGUCACUGGACUGAUUGGAGGCAUUGUGCUGCUGUAUGAUGCCCUGACUGGACUACCUAUACUGGUGGUGAGCUUCGUCAGUUUGCGGUAUGACAGCACCCCGCCGUGGAUGGUGCUGUGUGUGCUGUGGUGCUCCAUGGCACAGACCCUUCUCCUCCCAUCGUUCAUCUGGUCCUGUGCCCGAUAUCGAGCAGAUCUACGCACAGUGUGGGAACACUGCGCCUCCAUGCUGUCCGACAGCGGUGCGGAUGAGGACAGUGGUCGGGAUGACUUUGCAGAUGGCCGUCUAUGUGAAGUUCGUUUUGAUUCCAAUGGAGCUGCUAUUAAGAGACCCCCGCACUAUCUGGGAGGAGACCUGAGAGAUGGAAAGUAUCUGCCGGUCAGACACAUCCUGCUGCCUACAGACCGUGGCCAGUACCUCCAAGUGCACCGACACCAGGUCCCCCUUUCUCGACGGAUGUCACAUGAUGAGAUGGACCUCUUUCCCCCUCGUUCCUCACCUCUUCUGCUCAGGUGGUCUUCCUCGGAUGACAUUCAUGGAGGCACUGGAUCUGUACGCAGCAGCAGCCCUUCAAGCCCUCGUCGAGGUCACAAUGUGCCAUCCCGGAAUCGUCACCAGCCUGCGAAUGGAGAAGAAAGCCUUAGUACAUUGCAUCAGUUUUUGGCUGGAGGAAUGGGAGGGUCUUCUGGUUUUGGUGGCAUUCAAAGUUCCUUUUUCAGAGAUGAGAUUACGGCAUUCAUAGAUGAUACUCCUUGUCCUUCACCUAUGGGGACACCACAUAGAGUACGAGCUUCACCCAGGCCCUCCCCUCUACCAAGGAGAGGGAUGGAGGGGUCAUCUGUAUGGGGAGGAUCUGGAGAUCGACGUCUAUCUCUAUGUAGUCCUCCACCAGGAGCAACUGUACCCCGCAGAGCUUCUCUCUCUGAAAGGGGAACCAAAGGUGGGAUGUCAUGAAGGAAGGGGGCAGAAUUUGGAAGUGAUAAGUUGGUUUCAUCCACUCAUCCACCUCCAUUGCACCCAGGCUGGAGGAGGGGACUUUUUACAGAUUCCCCUCUUGCAAGAAAUCUUUAUCUCUCAGGCAAACCUGCUGUUUGGGGUGGUGGCAGAGGGGUUGGAGGGUAGCCUAUACCUAUAUGAUCCUCCGUUUACCCUUAAUACCUCUGUACCCCCGCAGACACAAAAAACACACUGGAAAAUGAGCCAAAAGAUACAAAAUAAAAUGUGAUUUGAAUAGAACAAUAUGUGUGUGUGUUAUAUCAGAACUGGGAUGCCCAAGCCAAACCCUACAGAGACAAUCAAGCAAAGUCAUGUCCACAAAAGUUGUGAAAUAUGACCUUAUAGAGCAGGUCAUACAACUUGGCAUGCCCAAUUGUUUCUGAAAUAUAUCUUUCAUUACAGAAUAAAGGUUUCAAACAUG